AUGGCUUCGCCUGUCUUAUACAACUCCCCAGCCCCUGGAAUUCCCUACUUUACCCCCGCACAGUACCCUGCCGCCGGCACUGCGCACAACCCUCAGCCGGACGGCAAACAUAUCCCUAAGCUCUUCCAGUCGCUGAGAAUCCGUGGUGUUGAGUUCCAGAACCGCAUCUUCGUCUCUCCGAUGGGCCAGUCCUCUGCAGAAGACGGCAGGGUCACUGCAUGGCAUCAAGCGCACCUGGGCAGCAUCUUCACUCGCGGACCGGGUCUAACCUUCGUGGAAGCGACCGCGGUGCUGCCUGAGGGGCUCGUCAGUCCUGAAGAUGCGGGGCUGUGGAGUGACGAGCAGACCGAGCCGUUGCGCAAGAUCGUUGAGUUCGCGCAUUCACAGAACCAGAAGAUCGCGAUCCAGCUCGCGCAUGGAGGGCGCAAGUCGUCAACCUUAGCCCUGUGGAUCCAUCAGGGCGCCCUCGCUCCAGCGUACGCAGGUGGCUCGCCAGAAAAGGUUGUUGCCCCAAGUGCGAUUCCGUACAAGGACCUGUUCGCGACACCGAAGGAGUUGACCAAAGAGGGAAUCCAGAGGAUCGUUGCAGCGUUUGUCGCUGCGACGCGUCGUGCGCUCCAGGCCGGUUUUGAUGUGAUCGAGAUUCACGCGGCGCAUGGGUACCUCCUUGGAGAGUUCCUAAGCCCUGUAACAAACAAGCGGACGGACGAGUAUGGUGGGAGCUUCGAGAACAGGACGCGUUUCGUGCUUGCAGUCGUGGAUGCCGUGCGUGCGGUCAUCCCGCCUUCGAUGCCUCUCUUCCUCCGGAUCUCCGCAACCGACUGGCUCGAGGAGUCAUUACCCAAUGAGCCCUCAUGGCGCAUUGAGGAUACUGUUCGGCUUUCAUCAAUUCUCGCCGAGCACGGUGUCGACCUCCUCGACGUCUCCAGUGGAGGAACCCAUCCUAUGCAGAAGAUCAAGGGCGGACCUGGUUACCAAGUGCCGUUUUCUGAGGCCGUCAAGAAGGAAAAUGGGGACAAGCUUCUUGUCGGCGCUGUCGGCUCGAUCACGGAUGGCAAGCUCGCGGAGAGUAUCCUCACCAAGGGCCAGGCCGACGUGAUCUUUGUAGGGCGUGGGUUCCUGAAGAACCCUGGGCUUGUGUGGUCAUUUGCAGAAGACUUGGGCGCGACCAUCACCCUUGCUCACCAGAUUGAGUGGGGAUUCUUCAGUCGCGGAUCUAUUGGACGGAAGAGCAUACUACGGAACUGGUGA